AUAAUAACACUUCAAUAUUUCGUAGCUUGCUAUUUGUAAAAUUCAGUUCUUAAUUUAUGUGAUCCGUGAUGUUGUUUGUCAAUUAUUAAUCGUUGUCCGAUUUAUAAACAAACAUGGAUUUUAUUGACGAUUUCAUAGAAGAAUACAAGAAUAAUCCGUGCUUGUGGAAAGCCGAUUCAGCAGAUUUUAGAAAUCGAACAAAACGACAAGAAGCGUAUAUCAAAUUAAUUGCUGUGGCGACUAAACAUGGAGAGCUAUAUAAUGUUGAAAGGACUAAACAAAAAAUUAACAAUCUUCGGUGUGCAUUUCGUCAUCAGCUUCGAAAGUAUAACGAAGUUAAAAAAAAGGGGGAAAAAUAUGAACCGUAUUGUCCAAAGCGAAGAUAUUUUGAGUCACUUAUGUUUUUAAAAGAUGAGGAAAUCCCUGAAAAAAAGUUAAAACGGGAAGAUACCCAUACCCUACCCAUACAACAUACAAUAGAUACAACUAUUGUGCAACCUGAAGCUUGCGAGGAAUAUUCGGAUGCUGAGAGCUUGUCCAAACAGUCCAAAAACGAAAACAAAUUGUCGCCCAGCAACAGCACCAGCGCAAAUGAUUUCUGUGCCAAUCUAUUUGACGAAGCAGAAGUUGAUCCAAUUGUCAGUAUCCAAAACGUCAAUUCUAACAACAAGGCAUCAAUUAAGGAAGUUGAGGUAAUACUGCCACCCGAAAACCAUAAUAUGUCAGAAAGAAGGAAAUCGUUUAAUACUUCAAUAGCCAACUCUUCAAACGAUAAAAUAAACUCUACCGUACAUGCAGCAGAGUCAAAUCGCGAUAAACGCGUGAUCACCCGUCAUAAAUACAUCAAAAACAGCAGAAAACGAUCAUCAUCUGUUUCAUCCCAAGUCUCCUGUGAAAACGAGAUGCAGUCGGGAAAAUGCAGGGCAGACAUUUCCAACAUAGAUCUUGACCGGCUGCUUUCGCUGGCACUCAAAAAUUCAGAUAAUCAGUUGGAUGAUCAUUUCACAAACUUUGGAAAAAUAAUUGCUCAUAAAUUGCGAUCAAUGGAAAAUGCACAAGCUAUAUAUGCCGAAAAAAUUAUUGCCGAUGUCCUCUAUCAGGGCCAGAUGAAACUGUUAUCUGCAUUAAGUAUAACCCAAUUCCUAGGUGUAGAUAAUACAACUGUUUACGUUGAAAGUCCUCCAAAAUAAUUUUACCCAAAACUAAUGUUAUAAUAAUACUAUGAAAUUAUAUGCUUACAUUUCGGCUACAAAAAAUGUGAUUUUAUCUUUGAACUUAAUACGCCACUAGUCAAAGCGGAAAUAUAAAUUUCAUUUUUAGUUGAAACACCAAAUCGGCGGGUUGCUGAACAUUUUAUACAUUUAGGUACAUACUACCGAUGAACGAUAUACCGUUAAGCUUUCUUCCAAUGCGAUCUAUGUACAUAGGCUGCGCGUGAACAGAAUAGAGUCCAUGCGCUUGUAUUAGAUGAACCAUUUGAAAUAGAGUCUUAUAAUAUUUAUCAAUUGUACUCAAUUCUCCCUGAAAUAUAACAUGAUAUUUUAAUAAAUUUCUAAGUUAAAGUAAAAAUUAAA